CAGCGGGGACCAGCAGGGCCUCCCUGCCCCGGGCUGCGGUGCCCGGCCGAGCGCCGAGACCCCCGCCGAGGCCAGGGCCGGCGGCUGGCUGCAGUGCCGUCGUUUCGGGGCGAUUCCCCGCUGGAAUUGCAGAGGGGGUUGUAACCAGGAGCCGCAAGGGAGCCUCUGCCCCGUGAAGGGACAGUGGGGUGAGCGCGGGGCCAGCGCUGGGGCAGCCCCUGCGCCCCACAGACCGCCCAGCCCUGGGGUGGAGCGGUGUUCGUGGGGCUGUGAAUGCGCCGGGCACACAUCGCCUGUUUCUUCCGGCCUUCCUGCCGCCUUUGGAGAGUCUGGACGUGUUGGAUCUCCCCAAAAUCCUGCUCAUGGAAAAACCUUUGGCCAUGAAAUGCCAGGACAUGAUGGAGCUCCUAGAGGAAGAUCUGACCUGUCCCAUUUGCUGUAGCCUGUUUGAUGAUCCUCGUGUCCUGCCCUGUUCACACAAUUUCUGCAGAAAGUGUCUGGAAGGAAUUCUUGAGGGAAAUGUGCGGAAUGUGCUUUGGAGGCCAUCCCCUUUCAAGUGCCCCACAUGCAGGAAGGAGACUCCUGUCACCGGAGUCAACAGCUUGCAGGUCAACUAUUCCCUGAAAGGUAUCGUGGAGAAGUACAACAAAAUCAAAGUAACUCCAAAAAUGCCUGUGUGCAAAGUGCACAGCGGGCAACCCCUUAACAUUUUCUGCAGGACAGACAUGCAGCUGAUCUGUGGGGUAUGUGCCACCCGUGGUGACCACACAAAGCAUGUUUUCUGUUCCAUUGAAGAAGCUUAUUCCCAGGAGAAGCGGGCUUUUGAAACCUUGUUUCAGGGCUUUGAAACUUGGCGUUGUGGAGAUGCCCUCUCACGGCUGGAUACCUUAGAGACCAGCAAGAGGAAAGCUCUGCAGAUGCUGACGAAAGAUUCCGAUAAAGUGAAGGAGUUCUUUGAGAAGCUGCAGCACACGCUGGAGCAGAAGCGAAAUGAGAUUCUGUCUGACUUUGAGACCAUGAAGCUUGCAGUGAUGCAGGCCUACGAUCCGGAAAUCAAUAAACUGAACACGAUUCUGCAAGAGCAGCGCAUGGCUUUUAACAUUGCAGAGGCCUUCAAAGAUGUGUCCGAACCCAUUAUAUUUCUGCAACAGAUGCAAGAGUUCAGGGAAAAAAUCAAGGUGCUCAAAGAAACCCCUUUACCUUGUUCCACUGUGGACAUCAGUCCCACAAUGAAGAGCUUUGAUACCAGCCAGUGGAAUGGAAUAAAGCUUGUUGAUGUGGACAAACUUUCCUUGCCUCAGGAAAGCAACACAUUCAAAUUCAAGAUUCCCUCAGUCUUUUCACGCAGAUUUGUAGUGAACUCUCUUAUUUUCUUGCUCAUUCUUGCUGUCACCAGAAUGUCCUUUGUGGAGUCAGUCAUUGACAAUCUCCAGUGCUGGAAAUCUCAGUUCCUUACAAUUUGCUUGUCCUAUUUGGCAGAUACCGUGGAGAUAGCAGAUCAUGCAGUCUUUUACUGGGAACAGAUGACAGAUGGAGCUUCACUGUUAAGAGAAAAGUGUAAAAACUAUACACUGGUUGUACUGGAUAAUGUCGCACAGUUUGUGUGCAAAUAUAAACUGUUGUGAAGUGUCU